AUGUUCGGCCACCACCACUUCGCCAUAGGCCUUCUCGCCCUCUCUUCGCUCGCCGCAGGGCAGAAGACGGCGCCCAAAUGCCGUUGUAUCUAUGGUGAAUCGUGCUGGCCGUCCCAGAGUACAUUCAGCACGCUCCAGCGCCAGCUCUCCCAACCCCUCAUCAACGUCGUACCGCCCGCCUCCGCCUGCUACCCCCCAGGCAACCCAUCAGGCGACUGUGUCUCGGUCCUCACCAACUUCGCCGAUGGUGGUUGGCGCGCAGACCAGCCUGGCGCGAUGCAGAGCCCGUCGUGGGAGGCCUUCCUCUUCCCGAAUGGCACGCUCGAAGGGUGCUAUAUGAAUACCACACUUGGCCUGCCGUGCCUACAAGGGAAUGUUCCACCGAUUGGGGUGGACGCGAGGAACGCCGCUGACGUGCAGGCGGCUGUGGCCUUCGCGUCGAGGAAUAACUUGAAGUUGGUAGUGAAGAAUACCGGCCAUGAUUAUCUGGGACGGAGCGCAGGGAGGGGCGCGUUCAUGCUUUGGACGCACCAUCUCAAGGACAAGUCGUUCAAUAGGCAGUUCGUGCCGACGGGUGCGCCAAGGACUGAGAGGAAGACGUAUCAAGCGGUCACAUUCGGGUCUGGGAUCCAGUGGGGCGAGGCGUACGAAUUCGUCAGCCAACAAGGAAGAUUUAUCCUUGGUGGUAUCUCGAUGGGUGGAACAGUCGGUGCGGCUGGAGGAUGGAUCUUGGGAGCCGGUCACAGUACCUUCGCGCCUACGUUCGGAUUUGGCGUCGACAACGUCCUCGAGUUCAAGGUCGUCCUCGCCGACGGAAAGCUCGUCACUGUCAACGCCUUCCAGAACCCCGACCUAUGGUGGGCGUUGCGCGGUGGGGGAGGAGGGACCUUCGGCGUGCUCAUCUCCGUGACGUAUCAAACGCAUGACAUAUUCCCCUUCGCCCAAUCCACCCUCUCCGCCUCGUUUGAUACCCCCGAAAUCGCCCAGAAAGUCGUUACCCAAUUCAUCAAGCUCCAACCAACCCUCGCUGACCUGGGCUGGGGCGGCUUCACCUUCUUCACUGCCGCCGGUAUUCAGAUCAACUACGUCGCGCCGAACUACGACUCGGUCAGGGCACAGGCAGCGUUCGCCCCAUUCGCAAACUUCGUGACAAAUGCUACCAGCGGGCAGACGCAGGUGGGGUACACGGAUUUUGGGAACUUCCCUGAGUGGUUCCAGGUGGUGUUCGCGGGUGGGCCUGCACAGGUGGGCUCGCCAACGGAGGUGACGGGACGCUUGUUGCAGAGAGAUAUGGCGGAGAAUCACGCGGAUGAUGUAGCGAGGGCGCUGUUGUCCAUCAACGACAUCGUGGGCGCUUUCUCCGUUGCAGGAGGGGCAGCAUCGAAGGCUAAUCCUGAUGCGAUGGCCCUCCAUCCUAGCUGGCGUAAGACGGUAACGAACAUCCAGGCGAACGUUGUAUGGGAGGAUGGUGCUCCUGCAUCUGUCGUUCGACAGCAAAUCGAGACAUUGAAGAGGAAGACGGCGAUCUUGGACAAGAUCAACACAGAUUCCGCCGCCUACCUGAACGAAGCUACACGAUACGAGAAGGACUUCAAGAAGUCGUUCUGGGGAUCCCAUUACUCAAGGGCUCGAUCGAUCAAAGCGACAUACGAUCCACAAUCUCUAUUCAUCGUCCCUGGGGGCGUUGGUGCCGACGAGUGGGACAGCGAGCAGCGGUGUCGACUAUGA